UUUUUCUCCCCUAUCCUUGAUGUUCUUAUAAACACCCCAUCAAGCUCUACUCCCCACACAAGAUUCUCUCUCUUUCUCUCUCUCUAAAACACACACAAAUUUGCAUGGUUUUCAAAACCCAAAUCAAAUUGUGAUUCAUGGGUGUCAUCUCUCUCUGCUACCACAUGACUGUAAUUCUAAUCACUUGCUUUUUUAGGCAUAAGCCCCAUCUCCCAAUCAUCGUCUAAUUUUAACCCUUUUAAAAAAAAAGUCAAACACAGGAACUUCAAAAAUCACUCUCAUAAAGCAAUGGAAAUGGAAGGUGGAAUGAUGUUUGAAGCUUUGCUCAAAAAUCAAAGCCUUUCUUUUCACUCCCCUUGGGUUCCCAAUUCCUUUCAUGAAGAAAAAUCAAAUAAAAAGAAGCAACCGGAAAACGAGGAAAACUCCGACGAUGACUACGAAAAAUGUUUCCGGCAACCGGAGAAGAAAAGAAGGCUAACGGUGGAUCAAGUUCAGUUUCUUGAAAGAAGUUUUGAGGAAGAGAAUAAGCUCGAACCAGAAAGAAAAAUUCAGCUUGCAAAAGAGCUUAAUUUGCAGCCACGACAGGUCGCAAUCUGGUUUCAAAAUCGUCGAGCAAGAUGCAAAACAAAGCAACUUGAAAAAGACUACGAGAUCUUGAAUUCAAGCUAUGAUAAACUCAAAUCAGAGUUUGAUUGUCUUCAAAAACACAAUGACACAUUGAAACAUGAGGUUGAAAUGCUCAAGGAGAAGUUACAACAAACGGAGAAAGGAGAAAAAGAUUCAAUCCCAAAUGAAAUUUCCACAAAAGAAUCGGAUUCAAAUGCUCAAGAACCUAAUCCAAGUCCUUUUUCGGUUAAAUCUUGGAGUCAAGAACCAAAAUUGGUGAUAUGCAAACAAGAAUAUGCGAAUUCGGUUUCAACAAAAAGCGAUAUUAUCGACUCUUAUAGUGAUGGGAACCAUUCUUCAUUUCUAGAGCCUUGUGAUUCUUCAAAUGUCUUUGAAAAUCAAUCCGAUUUUUCCCAAGAUGAAGAAGAUAAUUUGACUAUUCUUCGGUGUCCAAAGAUCGAAUAUGAGUCGUAUAUUGACCCAAACGAGGGUUCUUUAGGAUACCCUAUUGAAGAUCAACCCUUUUGGCUUUGGCCUUGAUCUUGAACUUGUCUAUUGGUGAAGGGUUUUUGAUCAAGAUUCCCAUUUUAGGGUACCCUGUUGUAGAUUAGCCCUUUUGGUUUUUGGUAAAAAGUGUCUUUUGGUGAAAGGGUUUAUGAUCAAGAUUCCCAAUUUGAGGGUUCUUUGGGGUACCCAAUUCAAAAGCAACCUUUUGGUUACGGCCUUUAAAGUUAUCUCUACUUGGGAUCAAGAUUCCAUGAAAUUUCUAGGCUUUAAUCAAUCUUCGUGUAGGAUAGUUUGCUUGUAUUUAAAGAUAGAUGUCAAUAAAAAAAACAUGUCCCUCUUUUUUCCACUA